GGAAGACUUGGUGCUUUUCUUGGCUUUUGAAUCUGGCAAUAAUCAAAUGUUCCAAACAGAUCUCAUAUUUGGUUGUGUUAAGUUCGAAUUUCCAUGCUAGUUUAAUAAUUUGCGUUUAUUAUUGUUUAAGAUUUUAUUUUAGUGUUUAGAUUAAUUAAAGAUAGUUCCUAUGGCGGAUCUUAAUCCAUUUUCUAAAGUUCUUCAAAAACAUGCCGGGCGUGCCAAAGAGCGGCUCUUACAGAAUUUUGGAAAAGCAGACAGGACUACUGAUGAAGAUUUUGACUUCCAUGUAAAAAAUUUUUCAAAGCAACAGAAUGCUGCCCUAAGAUUGCAAAAGGAAUUCAAAAACUACCAUCAGUGCUUAAAAGCUAUGCAAGCAGCUCGUAGAAGUCUCGUUGAAACUGUUAAUGAAUUAUAUGAGCCUUGUUGGGUAGGACUUGAUCAAUUUUUGAUUAAAACUGAGGUACUAAAUAAAAAUUAUGAUGAGUUUUGUGACAAGAUAAAUGAUGAGUUGCUAUCACCAGUAGCUACACAUGUGUCUCAGUUUCCAGAUUGUACAAACAAAAUUUCUAAGCGGAAUCGAAAGCUGCUUGACUAUGAUAAUUGCAGACAUAAUUUACAAAAUCUUGAAACCAUGAAGAGACGUGAGGAGUCAAAAAUUUCAAAGGCUAAAGAACAACUUGAAGAUGCACGUAAUCUUUUUGAAGUCAUAAAUACUGAAUUACAUAGUGAGCUCCCUGCAAUUUAUGAUAGCCGAGUAUCAUUUUUUGUGUCUCAUUUGCGGUGCCUGUUUAUAACUGAAGCUCAGUUUCAUAACAAAGAUUCAACCCUCUUGGAAGAAAUAAGUGGUAUCUUAGAAUCCUUAGAAGAAACUUAUAAAAAGAAUCCUUUACCUUCAUUUAAUGAGAAGUCAAAAAAUUCUGACGAGCUAGAAGCAAAAGAAAGUCAUUCAUCUGAAAAAAAUUAUAAAGAAGAAGAUGCAUCUUCUUCAUCAGGUAGCUUUGUUUUUUCCACUCCUCCUACAACUGCUGAUCGAAACCUAAAUUUAGAAAUGCUCUCCGAAAUGUCAACUGUUGAAGAAUUAACUGAAAAAGAAAAAAUUGUUCCGCUUAAGCCUAAACCACAAUUAGUGACUUUUUAUAAACAGGAAGAUAGUACUGACAAUGCUCUUUAUAUGGGUGAAAAUAAUGUUCCUUUUAAGAGCAACAGUGGAACAAAACAAUUAGUGAUUCUUAAUAAAAUAGAAGAUAGUCCUUCCUCUUGCCGAACUUAUUCUUUAGAUUCCUCUGUCGAUGGUGCUACUGCUUUAGCUUGCUCUGCCUUUGUAGAUGCUUCUAGUCCUGAUAAUGUUCUUUAUGCGGAUGACAAAGUUUUCCCUCCUAAAGUUAACCAAGAAACAGAACAAUUAGCGUCUCUUGACAAAAUGGAAGAUAGUCCUUCCUCUUGCCGUACUUACACUAUAGAAUCCGCAGUAGAUAGUGCAACAUCUUUAACUACUUCUGACUCUAAUCCUAGUGCAACAUCUUUAACUACCUCUGACUCUAAUCCUGAUAGUGAUUUUUAUGGGAAAGAAAAUAUUGUUCCGUUUGAGCCUAAACCUCUAUUAGUGACUCUUUCUAAAAAGGAAGAUAGCCCUUCCUGGUGCCGUACUUGCACUAUAGAUUCCGCUGUAGAUAGCGCAACAUCUUUAACUUCCUCUGACUCUAAUCCUGAUAGUGAUUUUUAUGUGAAUGAAAAUAUUGAGCCUAGACCAAUGUUAGUGACUCUUUAUAAAAGAGAAGAUAGCCCUGAGACUGCGGGUGGAAAUACUGUUGCUAAAAGAAGCCCAAGAAAAUUUAAAUUCCUUAAUCGCAAUCGCUUUAUAGAUCUUUUUAAAAUGCAAGAUAGUCCUUCCUCUCGUUUGUCUAUGGAUUCUCCUGUAGAUAGUUCUACUGCUUUAGCCUCCAUUACCUCUAUACUCUCUUCUAGUCCUGAUAAUGUCAUUUCUGGGGGUGACAAAAGUUUUCCUUCUAAAGUUAGCCGAGAAACAGAACAAUUAGAGUCGCUUGAAAAAAUGGAAGAUAGUCCUUCCUCUUGCCGUACUUACACCAUAGAAUCCGCUGUAGAUAGUGCAACAUCUUUAACUACUUCUGACUCUUAUCCUGAUAGUGCAACAUCUUUAACUACUUCUGACUCUAAUCCUGAAAGUGAUUUUUUUGGGACAGAAAAGAUUGUUCCGCUUGAGCCUAAACCUCUAUUAGUGUCUCAUGACAAAGUGGAAGAUAGUCCUUCCUCUUGCCAUACUUACUCUAUAGAAUCGGCUGUAGAUAGUACAACAUCCUUAACUACCUCUGCUUCUAGUUCUGAUAAUGUUUUUGGGGGCAAGAAUACUGUUCCUACUAAGAGGAACGCAGGAGAAUUACAUUUAAUGACUCUCAAUAAAAUGCUAGAUAGUGCUAAUGCUUUUGCUUGCUCUGGCUCUGUAGAGGCUUCUAGUCCUGAUAAAGUUCUUGAUGGGGGCAAGAAUACUGUUCCUACUAAGAGGAACACAGGAGAGUUACAAUUAAUGACUCUCAAUAAAAUGUUAGAUAGUGCUAAUGCUUUUGCUUGCUCUGACUCUGUAGAGGCUUCUAGUCCUGAUAAAGCUCUUGAUGGGGAGGAAAAAUCUAGUCCUAAGCCUGAAUAUAAAUUAAGGAGUAUUUAUAACGCGGGAGUAGAUAGCCCUUCCCUUCUAGAUUACCCUUGCUCUGUAGAUAGCACUACCUCUCUAGAUUUUCCUGCUUCUGUUGAUACCUCUUGUCCUGACAAUGUUCCUUAUGGGGAUGAAAAGUCAGAUCCUGUGCCUGAAAAUAAAUUAAAGACUAUUUAUAAAAUAGCAUUAGAUUCCCCCACAUCUGACAAUGUUCUUUAUAGAGUUAAAGGAACUUAUAAGUAUACGGCUGAAGAUGUUGAUGAGUUAUCUUUCAAUGUGGGAGAUGUUAUUGAUGUUGUGGCUUAUGAUGAUCCUGAAGAGCAAGAAGAUGGAUGGUUGAUGGGGAUUUUUAAUGGAAAGAAAGGGUUAUUUCCAGCCAACUUUACCUCACGCAUUUGAAUUUGCAAAGCAUUUCUUUCGAGAAGUUUGUAAUAUCUUUACAAAUGUGAAUUGUGAUAUUUUGAAGAGCCAUUCCUUUUCUUUAUUUUUCUUUUGUUCUGAAUUAAAAAAUUAUUUAUUUCAAAAUUUUGUAGCAAACUUCUAAUAUGCUGAAAGGAAGCUGCUACUUAUCGUAUACUAUGUUUUUUCAUUGCCAAAUGUAGGAAAAAUAUUUGCCUCAUUAUUCUUAAUAUGGCAAUAUUGGCCUAAUUACCUACAGUUGUAUGUAAACCGGUGCACAGUUCCUGCAGAUCUUAGAAAUUUCUGAGAACUUGUGGGAUCCCUGAUCUAGUUUUUGGCGUUUGUUGUUAUUUUUUCCCUGAAAUAAAUGUACAAUGCCAAAUUUUUUUAUUCCUAUCCUGAAUUAAAAUUUACUUCACCAUCAUAUCAAUUUAUUUGAAGUAAAAAUGCUAUUUUAGCUAUAAGAACAUGGCAUCCUAAAUUUUCUACUGAAUUAAUUUAUGAUUAUUUAUACAUAGCUGCCAAUUCUACUGGAUUUUCCAGUAGACUACAGGGUUUUGCCGGUUUCUCCUGGUCUAUUGGUUUCAUAAAAUUUCACUUAAAUUUUGUAUAUUUUAGUAAAUUCCCUAAAAUUGAGUAAGUGUCCUUAAAAAAUCCCUAUUGAAGUAGAAUUUUUGUGCAGAUUAUUGCUUGCUUGAAUAUUUAAGUAAGUGUCACUGAUACAUAAAGCAAGGCUCAUUUAUAAAAUUCAGUUAACUAUCUUCAAUGAAUGAAAGGCCUAUUACUGUUCAAAAUUAUAAAUAAAUAUAAUAUAUAACAUUUUAGGAUCAUUUAAUGUCAUCAUAACUGGAAAAUAUUGCAGUUUUUCUUUUUUGAUGACUAUGAAAUUCCCUAUGUGUGAAAUAUUUAGUAAUUUUGUAACAAUUAUCAUGAAAUUUAAAUUACUUCUUAAAAUCUACUGGAUUUUUUCCUAUCCAUGUUGGCAGCUAUGUGGUUGAUAGGGAUUUUUAAUGGAAAGAAAGGGUUAUUUCCAGCCAACUUUACCUCAUGCAUUUGAAUUUGCAAAGUAUUUCUUUCGAGGAGUAUGUAUCUUUACAAAUGUGAAUUGUGAUAUUUUAAAGAGCCAUUCCUUUCCAUUAUUUUCUUUUUUUUUUGUUGUUUUGGAUUAAAAAAUUAUAUUUCAAAAUUUUGAAGCAAGCUUCUAAUAUGCUGAAAGUAAACUGCUACUUAUCGUAUACUAUGUUUUUCAUUGCCACAUCUAGGAAAAAUAUUUGCCUCAUUAUUCUUAAUAUGGUGAUACUGUAUUGUAUUCUUAGUAUGGCAAUUACCUGCAGUUGUCUGUAAACCAGUACAGAGUUCCUGCAGAUCUUUGAAAUUUCUGAGAACUUGUGGGAUCCCUGAUCUAGUUAUUGGUGAUUGUUGCUGUUGUUUUUUCCCCAAAAUAUAUGUACAAUGCCAAAUACUUUUAUUCCUAACCUGCAUCAAAAUUUACUUCACCAUCAUAUCGAUUUAAUUGAAGAAAAAUGCUAUUUUAACUAUUAGAACAUGGCAUCUUAAAUUUUCUUGUCUCAUUUACCCGAAUAAAGUAAAGUAUAUCUACAAUUAGAGAAAUUUUGUCGUAAAAUUUUUAUUUGCACAUUUUCUACUUAAUGUUGUUAAUUAAUGUAGCUAUCAGUUGCUUGUGAACACUCUUUGUUGGGGGUUCAUAAUUAAUUGCUAUUCCAAUAGCAAUUUAAUUUUUUUAUUUCAAAGCUAAGGAAUAUAAUUUUUUUUAAAUGUUCUGUGUUUCUACAGUUAUUGACCUCUUGUUUGUCCUGUCAUAAACCUACUCAUAAAUUGUGAAAUAUAGUGUGCAUUAUUACUUUCAUAUUUCUAUUAUCAUUAACUUCUUCAGUGUUUCAUUCAUUUACUUUAUUUGUAGUAUUUCUUAAUGUUUCUACUUUCCUAAAAAUAUUUUAAUUUUUAUUUAUUCAACAUAUUGUGUCAUUAAUUUUUUUCUUUUCUUCUCUUUUAAAACUCUUAAAUUUGUGUUGAUUAUAUCUAUAUUAUUUUUUAGGCUUCGACGAAAUAAUUAUAUUUUUCUAUACAUUUUAUUAAUGUAUUUUACGUAAAAGAGUGCCUUAUAGAUGAUUGUGAUGUAAUUUCUUAAAGCAGUUUUGUUGUUUUCAUUAGUCAGUAGAACUUUGUAAAAAUAUAUUUUUUUUAAUUGAGACUGCCUUUUCAUGAACAUAAACAUCAUUAUAUACUAUCAUUUGCAUAAAUAUCAUUGUACUUUUUGAAAAUAUAUAGUGAAUAGUUAUUUUAAUAACAAUUAAUUUUAACCUGGAUAUGCUUUUUUUGUUAUUGUAUAACAAAAUAUUCUCUUGUUCCUUAAAGAUUCUAUAUUUUUUUCCCUGGUCAAGCUUUAUCAUUAUUUCUUAAAAAUUAUUUUAAUGCCUUAUUUUCAAUUCAUGAAUAUAAGAAUAAAAUUAAACAUGUUAGAAUGAACUAUGAAGCCAAAUUUUUCUCUAAUAUUUCUUUGUUACAAAAAAUGACAUUUUGAUACAAUAUCUACUUUAUUAAAUACCUCAUAGAAUAAAGGUCUCAAGAUAUAAAUUAAAAAGUACUGCAUUCACUUUUUUAAAAAUAUUUUCUUAAAUGCCUGUUGCCUAUGUUUAAAUCUGUUCAUUUUGUUUUAACAUUCCUGAAAUAUUUAUAUGCUCUCGUGCAUCUUGAUUGUACUUUUUUAUUUAUAUAUAUAUAUGGACCGAGAUCCUCUUUUUCUUCAUUCUUGCAUGAACUAUUUCAUGUAUUUUUAUCAGGAGAGGAAAUAGUUUACAUCAUAUUUAUUUAACUGAUAGUCAUAUUUUUAAAUCUUGUUAAGUUAAUUGUAUUGUUCAAUGCAAUGUUCAUCCAUUUGCAAAUACUAAAAUAUUGUAUUUUAGUGUUAUUUUCGAUUUAUUCAGUUAGUGGUUAUAACAUUGAAAGAAUUCAUUUUUACUUAACGAUAGAUUAAAAAUUUGAUUUGUGUUUCAAAUGUUUUAAGAGUUAGUAAGUUCCAUAAUUUUUUAUUUAUUUAGCUGUCAUAACUAUUUAUAUUUAUAAAUCAUAAUUUAAAAAAAAAAUUUAUAAAUUAUUGUAUUGUAUUAAUUGAAGAGCUAUUGUCAUUUUUAGAGUUUUAAACAUUAAGCUAUUUUUUUUUAUUUGUAGUCUUUUUAUGCAGCUAAAUAUUGUUCUGUUAUUGUAAUAAUAUCACCUAAAAGCUUUAUUUUAAUUUCAUUUUAUGGUACUAUGCUUGAAAAUCAGUAAACAUUGCAUUAUUAAUGUCACAUUCUUAUAUUAUUUAAUUUUUUCAAUUAUCAAUUAUGUUUUGGUACUAUUCAUUCAUUCAAUUACUAUUCAUUCAGCUUGUAGUUAAAAAUGAUAACGAAAAAAAUAGUUUUCUAAAAUAUUUAUUUUGUGAUUAAAAAUAAGUUUCAAUACUUAAAGGUUUGAUAAAGUCUGUCAUUUCUAUAAUUUAUUAUAUAUAUUUAGCUGUUAUAACAGUCAUAAGUCAUUAUUGCAAUGACACAUGCAUUUGUUGGUUAAUUUAAGAGCUAUUGUCAGUUUUAGAGUUUUAAACAUAUAGCUAUUUACUCUUUGAUUUGUAGUUUUUGUGCAGCUAAAUAAAUAAAAUAUGUUUAAAAUUA